AUGCAAGGAGUAGAAGCUGUAAACAGUUUAGGACCUGCUCAGCACGGUUUUAGUCCUUACACCUUUAAUGGAGGGUAAGUGAAGAUUGAGUAACAUGUUAUUUUUUGUGACAUUGUUGUACAUGAGUCAGCAAAAGAUUCCAACAUGUGCUGUGGUCUAGUCUUAAAAAUUCUUUGUCUAGCCAUAGCUAUGUAUUUGUUUUACCGUCGCACAGUUUUUCUAAAACAUUCAAGUCUGUUCCACAGUCAGGCUUCUCGUUGAUAUUUCUUGGUGUGUAAGGGUGAAUUGGUGGCCGUUACUAGUCUAUUCCAAGCAUGAUACAACAUGAUUCAAUCGCAACCUUACUCUAAAGAUACGCCUUUAAUCCUGGCUAUUUCAAAUUCCGAUUUUGGUUGAAUUUCACUUCGUAAAACUGUAAUUGCUCUUUGUAGCGCUUCAUUUACAUCGCAAGGCAAAGUCUCACGUACCAGUGAUUCCAUAUUUGGAAGUAAAUUUUGAUUGGUUCUCCAAAAAACCCAAGCAUUGGAACAGAGUUAUAUGCUUGAGGGUUAUAUCCUUCUGAUUUUACUUAAAUGUGUCAUUCCAGAAUACAUCCAUACCUCCCCCACGGAUGGUCAAUGGAAUUUCCGAGGGGGUGGGGGGCUAAAAAGUGGAAAUUUUCGAACGGUAGGGGGUGUCUAUGUGGAAUAAUUUUUCCAGAGGGUCCUGCAAAACUUACAAUAAUUGAACAUUCAUUUAUAUGCAUAUCAUGUUGUUAUGGUGAGAAAAAAAUAGACAAGUAAAGGUCAGUUGUCGUUCAUCAAUGACCAAGUAUGACAAGUACGGUGGAAAAAAAUCAAGGAGAGUAUAAGCUUAAAUUUUCAAGAAACACAUCUUCUACCCUAAUCAUGAAAAUCGAGGCUUGACGAAGAGCUAGAAAUCACAUUGAUUAUAAAACAGAAUUGUCGCCGAGUCAACUUCUUUGCCUGAAAAGAACACUGAAAUUUAUUCUUUGUGUAGUAAAAUUUUGGAGCAGACUUUUCUGUCACAUGUUAGGUAACAAAAUACUUAAAGAGGAUUGAGUUUCACAGACAAAACCAACAACGCAAAAUGAUAUAAUAUGCAAAGCAUUGGAGCAUUUUUUUAAAAUUUUCAUUCUUUAACAAGAUCCUAUUAGUCUUUUCCACCUUUUAAAGUUUUGUACGUUUAGCUGCACUUUCAAAUAUUUGCAAAUAUUAGCUAACAUCUGUUGAGGAUUUAUAUUCUACACUUGAUCUUUAAGGAUGUCACAAUUCUUUGAGUGGAUGCUUCUAAUAUUAACAAAAAGACAUCAAAUGUGUUCGAAAGGAUGUUUCUAGGUUACAAACAAGAGAGAUAUUAAACCACUCAACUGGUUUGUCAAAUGCUUUGUAAAGUUUUCUCUUAAAAAAAAAACGUUCAAAUGGAUAGUCAUGGGAAAUGUGCAACGUAGACAACAUAUGGUGAAUGGUUAUCACCUUGAAGUGGAUUACUGUGUUUGAGCUGCUUUACUUCUCAUCAACCAGAAGAGAUUGUUUCGUAUAUAAGAAGUAUCUUUGAUUUUUUAGCCUAAAAUCUAACCAAAGAGGUGAAGCUUACGCGGCAGUUUUUAUGGUAUAUCAUUUUUCAUUCUAUGCAUUAAGUUAAGAUGGAAUCCAUCAGGAUAUUGAGUAAUUUUAAUUUUCAGUGGACAAAAACCUUGUACCAGAAUAAUUUAAACAACAUCACAUUCUUUUUGACAUUUUUCAAGGGCUAUAGAUGUGAUUAGUUAUCUGUAAUAACACCAAAGAAAAUUUUUCAUGGGAGCCCGAGAAAAUAAAUAUCAAAUUUCAGAAAAUGACAUCUUACACAUGAAAUUUUCAGAAUUUUACCUGUGUUUUCACAAUUCUUGUGAAAUUUGACAAUCAUUUUCUCGGACUCCCAUGGAAAAUAUUUGCAAAGCACAGUUACAAAUCUUACAAUCAUAGGGUUAGAUGGAUGGGAGGGAAGAUGGGUAGUGGAAAAACUAGAUUUUACACAUUUUAUUAUUUAUUAUUAUUAUUAUUAUUAUUAUUUUCAGCAGUUUUACUGUACAUGCAUGUAUAUUGAUGUUACCACCUUCAUUUCUUGGCUAUAGAACUAUUCUUGCAAUUGCGGGGGAAGACUUCUCAGUCAUUGCUGCUGAUACGCGAUUAAGCCAGGGAUUCUCCAUUCACACUAGAGACAGUCCAAAGACUUACAAACUGUGAGUAAAACGUUUUAAAAGUUUAUAUGAAUUGCAUGCCCGGUUUAACUGAAAGUAGUACAAUAAUGCUAUUUAUUUAUGAGAACAGCUAUAACCCUAAUGGUUUUUCAGAUAUAAUUCUUGAAAAAAUUAGAAUUUUAAAAAGUCAGUUUUUGAGGAGUGCAAAUGAUCAUAAUCCAAGAAAAUCCAACGGUAAGUCAACAAUUUUGACCAAUUUUUUUUCUGGAACUUGAGUGAAUGGAUGAUUGAAUAAUUUUUCUAAACACAGCUAAAUUGUUGAGACUUAAAAAGCUUAUGAAAAUUGCUAAACUACACUUUUGACAACUUAUUGGUAGUAGUCCACUUUCAAGUUUGCUAUGACUGCUGAAUAAAAUAAGUGAAGACGCAUUUUUUACUGGCUUAGCCUCCAUCUGAAGUAAUAUAUUUACAAAUUCCAAUAAGAAGAAGACCUGUUCAUUACUCUGUCUGUUGUGUAUUUUCAAAUUUCAAACACUUACUUGCUGGAAUUUGUGAAUACUCUACUUUACGUCGAGGCUAACCCUGUAUAAAUGCGUCGCUAAUGUUUGUAUUAAGCAGUAAUUUUUAAUUCAAAACUGGACUAUUUUAAAACUCUUAGCCUGCUUUACAUGAGUGUCAGGGUUGAUAGAUUUUCAGAAGAAAAGAUUGUAGUCAACCCUGAAGACUCCAAUAGGGUGUCCUUGUCAAACUUAACACAAAGGUUAUUCCAAAGAAAUGCACCAGAAAGGCUGAAACUUUUUUCAUAGAGCUAGUACAGAAUUUUAUUUGGUAAAGGAAGGCGAUUCCUCCCGCCCAGAGCCUACAUGUUUCUCACCUCUUCUGUUCAUGUUCCUUUGGAUACUGUUUUUAACCAAAUAUGAUAAAAUAAUGUCAUAGGAUCAGUAAACGUCAGCUUAAAAAGAGGUUUUCUGUAAAAGAUCGAGGAUCAAAUGAAACACUAGGCAAAUUGAAGCGGAUUUCUAGAUGUAUCCAAUGCGCACAUUUGAUUUCGGGUCGAGGUAAACACUUUUCAAACUGACAAAAGUAGUGUCCAGGUCAGCGCGGUCCCACAGCUGACUGUGUCCCUUUAAAGGCCAACUUUGUUGAUUAAAGCCUUGACAUUGGUGUCAUAACUAGUGUUAUAAUGAAUAACCAUAAUGUUUGUGGUCAUGGUAAUGUAUAAUGAAUGAGUUUGAAAAUAAGGAAAAUGAAAUUUAGACCAAGGAUAAAAUUGAGCCACAGCGUGUACGCUUAUGAAUCAAAAAGAGAAAUAUUAAAAUUUGAUAUUAGGUUAGGCAUCACUUGGGGUCUAAUUCCAGGUAUCCCUCUACUUUUUGAUUGUGUAAUAUUGAUGGCCCUUUAUUAUUUUAUUUAGAACAAACUCCACAGUACUGGGAUGUGCCGGUUUCCAUGGUGAUUGCCUCACUCUAACCAAACUCAUAACAGCAAGACUCCAGGUACUCCUUGCAAACUCUAAGGAUUCUAUACUUAUCGUAAGGUGUUGUAAAAGAACCUAACAUUGGUUUUUGAAGAAACUUGAUACACAGGUGUAACAAGUCAAGAAGUUGAUAAAAGUGUAAUAAAAAGCAGCCCUGCUUGUUUUCAUGGUACUAUGCUGAGGAAUACAGCUAUUUAGGGGGCUUUACCAAUAACUGAGAUGCCAAAACUUGACAAAUAGGUCCAAUUUGUACCAUAAUUCCUGUGAAAUGGAUGCUUGUCCUCUUGAAAUGCAGUGGACUUAUAAAAAAAGUUUAUUUUUGGUCCCUUAUGUACAGGUGCAUUCAAAGUGACUGGCAAGCAGAACUUUUGUCCGGAACUUUUGUCCAUAAGCCAGCCAUUGUUUUGAGCCCUGCAUUUUAAUGAUGUUUCUGCAGAAGCUCUUUUCUUCGCGACCAUUUGAUUUAAUUGGCCAACUAUGAUUGAUGUUAUUAAUUCGCUCUCACUGAGUAAUCCGUUAGGGGCUCUAUAGUCUUUCAUGCAUGGUCGAUUAACAGAGGUUGAAUAUGCAGUAAAAAGCGUACUGUUGAUGAAUCUGAAUUGUCGCUCCAGGACUGUUAUUUGUGUGAUCACUUGUGACGGCAUGUAACUGGCAAUUCUUGAUGUUUGUGAAUUGUUGAACAGUGUCAUUUAGUUCCAUUUUUAUGCAUUCAUUUUAGAUGUAUGAACAUGAACAUGGAAGCAAAAUGAGGUAAGCUGGCAAGCAUAAAAUAAUAAAAUUAAAAAUUACUGGGCUGCCCUGGUGUAGUCUGCAUAGCAGGCAUUUGAAAGUGAUAGAGUGAUUUUUGUAUGACCUUGAAAUGAAAACGCGCGAACAACAGAAACAACAAACAAACAGAAAUAGAGCAAUUUGAUUGGUUUGUCGAACAGAUACAAACAUGCAUGGGUUUUGGUUGGAUAAGCGAACCUUCGGCUGAAAAAUCUUCCUGCCCGAAAAUCGCUCCAUUACCUAUAAGGCGCUGUUCUUUUUUGCACCCAUAUUACACAGGCGACCACUGUCACGGAAAAGACGUAGAUACAAAAAAAGUUUUUUUCAUGAUCAGGAGAAAGGUUUUGUUUAGAAGUAUGAUAAGGUUUUUAUUCCUGACGGAUAAAAGGACACUGGAAACACUUCCGAAUUCUAAGUAUUGCUCAUAUUCAAAAGACUUCUUUCAUAACAAUUGGCAGAAUCUUCUCAGAGCUUCUCAAAAGCUGAAGUCACAGAAUGUGACUAGCUGCUAUCUAUCUAAACAUGAGGUGCAAUGUAGGGAGCAUAAUAUAGUGUACAUGUCAGGGACGGCAGAGCGUAUUUUGUAUUGGGGGGGCUAACAAGCAAGUGCCGGAGACACUGACUUGUAGGGGGUUCUGGGGAAUUCUCUGCCAGAAAAUUUUGAAAUCUUCAAGCUCAGAAAUGCAUUUUUGCUAUGUACCACUGAUUGUUUUUACUAACUGAUUUAUUAAUUUACUUCAAUCUGUUUGCCUUAAUGCUUUGCUCCUUUUGUUUUGUUUUCCCUUCUGUUAGUUUUCUUUUUUUAUGUUUUAUGGGUUUUUUAAUUAUUUUUAAUUUUAUUUAAUUUUAAAUUUUUAUUUUUUGCUUGAAAUUGGGGGUGCUUUAGUACCCCCGGCUCUGCUGUCCCUGCAUGCAGCCCUUUUUAUAUCAUUAUAUUGAAGAUCUUGCAUUUUUCCACCUUAUUUGUUUACUUUUGUUCUUUUAUCUUCUGUAUGGUAAAAAUAUAAAGGACAUCGAUUGUGUUUUAUGGUAUUAACUUUACUUUCUCCUCCCUAGCUCUCCAGCUAUUGCCCAGAUGUUGUCUACAGUUUUGUACUACCGUCGAUUUUUUCCCUACUAUACAUACAAUAUCUUGGCUGGAAUAGACAAUGAAGGUAACGUUCUGCUGCAAUACCCAAGCAUUUAUAGCUGAUUCAAUUGAUGAAGGUUUCUAUGGGCAUUGGAAAUUGGUCACUAGGAGGCUAUUGUUUGAUGGUUUACUCAGGCAUCACAUUGCAUUGUUCCUUAUGCCCAAAUGGCCAUUUGCCAAUUGCCAAUGCCCAAAGCAACCUUUAUUGAAUCAGCUAUCUAUUCAUUUAUUUAAUUGAGACCCUUUGGUAUGAUGCUUAUUGAAAAACACUCUACGGACUAUUGUCUGAUUUUGCUGUCAUUAGGUAAAGGAUGUGUGUACAGCUUUGAUCCAGUAGGAUCAUAUGAAAGAGAGACAUACAGAGCUGGAGGCUCAGCAUCAGCUCUUCUUCAGCCACUCCUUGAUAAUCAGGUAUGCUAAACUUCUUACACUGUGGUUUCACACAGACAUGUUAAUGACCAAGCGUUAGGUCACAGGGGUGGAUCCAGGAUUUUUCUUAGGGGGGGGGGGGGGGGGUGUGCACCACGAAGGAAUAGCAUAGCUCACUGGUGACGUAAGCAAAUUUCAAAAGCGAAUACAAAGACGAAGGCUUUUGACUAGGAAAUAACAUAAUAUGAACUGCUGAAAAUACGUUUCAAAUGAUACAGCAGAUUUUGUAUAACUGUGAAGCAGACUGCACAGUGUUAAUGCAAUGCUGUAAAAGUGUCGUUUUGGUCUUCAUCUCCCAGGAAGAGGGGGGGUGGUGGUGAGCACCCUAUACACAAUUCCGCUAGAUCAAUCAGAACACAGGAUUUUACUGCUUUUCAGCAACAUAGUUUCAGCGGUGAUUUCAAAUGCAUGCAGAACAGCUCUUGCGCUAGCUAAUUUCGACCUAGGUUUUCAUUCUUGAGAUCAAGAUCCGUGUGGUUACUCUCUAACUGAAAGCCACUAGGUUCUUUUCUAUGAAGAGUUCAUGUACCUGUAUUCUGAUAGCAGAGAUUUAUUUCCGGUGUGGUGUUUACCAUUUACGAAGUCGUUCGCGUGGCUGACAUUCGCUUAGUUGGCUUGCAAUGUCAGCGAGGCAAAAGGAAAUCAUGCCGAAAAAAAAACCGUUACAAUGGGAUCAAUCACUUGACUUCCUACAUGAUCCCAGAAAGGGAACUGGUAAGAGAUGGUGUUCACAAAAACAUUAGAAAAGCCUUGAUUUAAACGAGAAACAAUCGUUUGAAGGAUUCUGUAGCUGUAUAGAAACACCGCAUCAAACAAAUUGCCUAUAAACAAAUUUAUUGACUUUUAGUAAUGAUCCUGUAAUCUGAGAACAAGUCUGAAAUUGCUUUGUUUUAGAUUGGAUUUAAGAACCAGCAAGGAGUAACGGAAGUGCCGUUAACAAAAGACAAAGCAGUGUUCCUGGUGAAAGAUGUUUUCACUGCUGCUGCUGAGCGUGAUAUUUACACUGGUGACGCAGUGAUCAUUAGCGUUAUCACAAAGGAUGGCGUGACAGAAGAAGCCUUUCCUCUCAGAAGAGAUUAA